CCGACCCCUCGCGGCGGUACGUACCGUAGGAGAAUCGAUCUAAAACUAGGAGUCGCCGCAGUAACUGCUGGGAGGAAGCCAGUGUUACAAUUCGCCCCCGUCGUAUGCGCCAGUGAAAUCUUAAACGCACGCCGGUUAAUCGCACGUACGCACGGUCGUCGGGGCCAGGUACGUCCACGUCGACGAACGGACGUACGUCGUCGCAACCCCUGCUCGUCACGCGCUUCUCCGUUCCAUUUGCCCUCUCUCUUUCUCUCUAUCUCUAUCUCUCUCUCUUUCUUUCUCUCUCUCUCUCUCUCUCCCUCUUUCUCUUCCGUCUCUCCUGGCGGCACGGCAGCACAGGGGUGGCCGGCCGGGGCGCGGCGUGCUUUAAUCGCGAGGGAUAUAACGGCGAGUGUUGUGCGCUCCUCGCUCUCGUCUACCUCGCGUACGUGCGUGCGAGCGAGCGGGACGGAGCGAGGCGCGGCGCCGUGGAUGCGAGAGUGACAGCGACAGCGUCUCGGCGAGGAGCAGCAGCCGCGUGAAGAAGGGAAGACACCACCACGGUCGUCGACAGGCAGCGGUGAAUCGAGCGAGUCAGCCUAUCGGUAGAUACAGUCCGGUCAGUGGGUCCAGUCGAAGUGCAGCCAGCCAGACGCGGUGUCUGACAGAAGCGCGGUUUGAGACCCUCGAGAGACAGAGGAAGAGGAGAGAAAGACGGAAAGGCAGAGAGAGAGCGAGAGAGAGAGAGAGAGAGAGAGACACCUUGCGAGGGUGUACGCGCGAGCAGGCUGGGCGGACAGCAGCGCGACCAGAGAGCAGCAUCCAGCGGAUAUUAUAAUGCGACGUGAAGCUUUCGUCCUUCUCGCCUUGGUGGUCGUUCCUUCGGAAUAAAGCCGCGUGCUCGCUCCUGGGACGGUUCCUUACCUGCAGGGCUAUGACGUAAUGGCAAGAGAGGAGUUACGGACCAAGAGACCUUUUAAGAUAUGGGACAGUUGGCGUAACGUAAGAAAAGGACUGGUCGUUAGCAAUUUUGAAGAAUUGAUUGUCCGGGGUAAGGAAAAGCUGGGCGUGCCACCAAACGAGAAUGUCUCGCUAGUUUUGGAGUCAGACGGCACGCAAGUCGAGGACGGCGAAUACUUCAAGACACUAGGCAACAACACGAUCCUGCUCUUGCUGCGGCAUGGUGAACGCUGGUGUCCAACUGGCGUUGACAUCAUUCGUGCUGCAAUUUCGGCGAUCCCGAAAAUAGUCUGCGAGACGAUCCACGCGCUGGAAUUGCACGAUGAAACGCCAUCGUGGAAAAUCAUGGACAAUAAAGGCCGAGUCACAGUGGUGCUACACUGGGACCAGCGCUCGUCGUCGUCGUCGCAGGUACAGCAACAGCAAUCUAAGGCAGGUCAGGAUGCCCAGACCUCCAAGUACUCGCCGACUAAGAAAGUCGACCUAAGCGGUGCUCAGCGGCCGUCCUUGGUGAUUCAGACUAGUCUGGACAAGCUCGGUUAUGAUGGCAAGACGACGCAUCUACCCGGCGAGAUCGGCCCGACGCGGUACACCAGCCCGCGAAUCACUGUGAUAAAUCAUGACGAUAUGCAACCGACACAGCCGCACUUGCCGGGCCGCCUAGUAAAGCAGGGCACGAAUUCGUUCGACAGCACGACCAUUCACAUUCACACGCCGGAGUGCUCCAACCACAUUCAUCAACCGGUCGCGCGAAAUGGCAGCCCGGUGAACGGUGCUGACGGUAGCGCCGUCGGCGAGUGCGACUUCCAUUGCUGCGCCCUGCACGAGGAGGGUCGCAGAAUCGCCGUGCAUAAGUCGGUAGCAACGUCACCGAUCCAGGAUGCGCAACACGCGCAGUAUCAACAUCCGCAUCAUCCGCAUCAACAGCAACAGCAACAGACGCAGACGCAGACACCAUCGCCGCAGCCGCCAUCCUCUCUAUCGGACGGCACUAAGCGACCCGGUCUUAGCAAAGGUCACGUUCGCUUCCGCGAUACCGCCGACGAGGAGUCGAGCUCGCGUCUAAUCGGCGCGACCGGCUUCCACCUGCACCACAAUCACCAUCAUCAUCAUCAAGAGCACGACAGCUCCGAGUCUGAGACGGAGAACACGAUAAUGGAAGACGAGUUCGUGACCUCGGAGAAAUUUCUGCUUUUGAUCGACCAGCUUACGGUUGACCAGAAGCAUCACCUUAGCAUCAAGGACAUCGGCAUCAUACUAGAACGACUUAGCUCCAAGAUCCUCGACGUCGAACGAUUGGAUCGCGAGAGCGAGAGCGAAGAGUGCUAUAAUUGGACGAUCAAGGCGCUCAUCCGGGGCGAUGUUCUGCGGGAGCUCGGAGUGAUUUAUAACGGAAACUACUACGCGAUUUCGGAGCAUCCCGGCUACAAGGAAGAGUCCGAGGAGAAUAACGAAGAUAAUGAAGAGGAAGAGGAGGAUAGACUUUAAUAUGAUGCUGUUUUACUAGAUAGAUAGAUAGAUAGAUUAUACACCUAUUCCUGGUUAUUAUUAACUUAGGACAUGUUGUAAACGGAAAUAAGGACGGGGAACAUUAUGUGGUCUCACUCUUCGAUCCGAAGAUUUUUCACCUCCUGAAUGUUUUAUGAUUUUUUUUUUUUCAGAGUCAUAACAUUUCUUGAAAUCUUCCUAAUAUUUAUGUAAUCCUUCAAGGAUUUCCCGAGAGCUUCCUCCCUUGAGUCUUCCUAGGAUUGCCAAAUAUUCUUUUAAGGACAAGUAAUAAGGUAACGUUGUCUCGUGCCAAAUACAUCUAUGAAAGUUUUACAAAAUUAAUGCAGAAUUUUUCGAUUUUUGAAUAAUAUAUAAUUAUGUAGAAAUCGUCCAAGAUUUGGUGCGUAUAAAUUAAACAUUUUCUAAAUCUAACUUCUAAGCUUUUCCAAAAUAAGUUUAGAUUUUUUCCUAAGAUUUCAGAAUUACAGAAUCCCCGAAAAAUUUUCUUUUUAAUAGUUAUCGAUAUUAU